UUUUUGUUUUACUGGAAUUUAGAUAAAUGUUAUAAGAUAAAUUGCUAACUCAUAGCCUCCAGCUGAAAAUGUCGAACUGAACUGGUCAAAAGUAAUUUUGUGUUAACCAGUUUUAUUGUGGCUAAUCAUUAAUUGAAUGCGUAGCCUGAGUUGUGUGGGUGGUUCAUUACACUAAUGGUUGAUAACUGAUUCAAGGUAAUCUGCACUACUCACUGACAUGCUAAGAAGAGUAGCGGCAAAUGUGGCUGUGAAUAGUUGGAAAGGAAAUAUUUUUGAGCUUGAUCAUAAGUUAAUCAUGGCACGCCAGCUACAUGCUCGCAGAAUCGAGGGAAUUGACAAAAAUAUAUGGGUUGAUUUUACGCAGCUGGCUGCUGACUACAAGGUGGUGAAUCUAGGCCAGGGCUUUCCUGACUUCUCCCCACCAAGCUACAUCCAAGAGGCCUUCUGCAAAGCAGUCAACGGAGGAUGUUCAAUGCAUCAGUACACACACGCUUUCGGCCAUCCCCCUCUUGUGUCGAUCCUGGCUAAGUUCUUCGGUAAAGUCGUGGGACAUGAGAUUGAUGCUUUCGAGGAGAUCCUGGUCACUGUCGGAGCCUACCAGGCUCUCUUCUGCACCUUUCAAGCCCUGGUCGAUGAAGACGAUGAGGUCAUCAUUAUUGAGCCUUUUUUCGACUGCUAUCAGCCAAUGGUGAAGAUGGCAGGAGGAAAAGGUGUCUAUGUGCCACUGAGGCCAAGAGUGAAGGGGGGCAAGGCCCUGACUAGUGCAGACUGGGUCCUGUCUUCUGAGGAGUUGGCCAGUAAAUUCAACCCACGCACCAAAGCCAUCGUCAUCAACACUCCCAACAAUCCAUUAGGCAAGGUGUAUAAGAGGGAGGAGCUCCAAGUGAUUGCAGACCUGUGUAUAAAGCACGAUGUGGUGUGUAUCAGUGACGAGGUGUACGAGUGGCUGACUUAUGACGAUGCCAAGCACGUGAAGAUAGCUAGUCUUCCUGGAAUGUGGGAGCGGACUGUCACGAUAGGAAGCGGAGGAAAGAGCUUCAGUGCUACAGGGUGGAAGGUUGGCUGGGCUAUUGGAGCAGGGCCCAUUGUAAGGCACCUGAAGACCGUCCAUCAGAACUCUGUGUACCACUGUGCCACGGCCGCUCAGGAGGCGGUGGCCCAAGGUUUCCAGAGAGAGUACGAGCUCUUUGGGACACCAGAGAGUUACUUCCUGCAGCUGCCUGAGAUGCUGAAUCACAAGAGGAAGAAGCUGGCGACCUGUCUGGAGAGUGUUGGCCUGCAGCCCAUUCUGCCCGAGGGAGGCUACUUCAUGAUAUCAGACAUCUCCUCUCUCAAGGUUGACUUGAAUGAUCCAAGCACUCAGGGUGAACCUCAUGACUACAGAUUUGUCAAGUGGCUCAUUAAAGAGAAGGGUUUGGCCACUAUCCCUGUCUCGGCUUUCUACAGCCCUGAGCACCGCAAGGACUUCCAAAACUACAUUCGGUUCUGCUUCGUCAAGGAGGACUCGACAUUGAACGCUGCUGAGGAUAUCCUCAGAAAGUGGAGUGACGGAAAAUGAACAAAGCACACAGACACCCCUUCCUGUUUUGCCUUUAUCCACCCUAGCUCAACUUAGGUCUGCGCAGUUGAACCGAGCCAUAUUCAACACCUCUGGAUUUGUUUACACUAUGUAGUACUGUAGGAAUAGACCUCCGUAGGAGCAAGUUAUAAGGAAUGUUUUCCUUUGUCAACAUACACUGAGUGUACUGAACAUCUUCCUAAUAUUGAGUCGCACACCUUUUUACCCUCAGAACAGCCUCAGUUUGUUGUGGCAUGGACUCUUAUCCAAAGCGUUCCACAGGGAUGCUGGCCCAUGUUGACUCCAAUGCUUCCCACAGUUGUCAAUUUGGCUGGAUGGCCGU